CGUUGCAAGAAAACCGACACACGUCGAAGUCGAACGAGAGUGCGUCGGUCUGUGGACGCGUUCGCAAAAAUAUUAUUUCAAACGUCUGUUUUCAGACGCGCGAACAACCGCGGUUUUCCAGGCUUUCCACGAUUCGCCAGCGGAAAAUCAAAGUUUUAUUUUUGUGUGUUAUUUGUGCGUUUUGCUGAUCUCGCGACGAGUGUUUUGAUAAGGUUGAUAAUCCUACAUCAAAAUGAGUUGUUUGAAAAGGGACUCAUUUUGUUUCUGCGGAUCACUUAGGACCGGAACUCUAGUUGCUGGUGUUGCAGGAAUUAUACUGGCCAUUGCAGGAAUAGUUGUUCUUUUAUGCGUUAAUGUGAUAUUCAAAACUAUAGUUUUUGACUGGCUUCCGAAAUCAGUUGUUGACAUCAUAAUAAUCAUCAAUUUCUGCAUGACAAUUGUAAUUUCUAUCGUACUGAUGAUUGGAGCUGUUAAGAGGAAUAUGUACCUGAUGAUACCCUGGGUUGUGCUAGGAAUUAUGCUUGCUUUUGGAAUUUUAGUUUCCGUCCUUUACACUGGUAUAUCAUUUUUAGUUGAUGGUGACCAUUUCAAUGGUUGGCUAUGGUUAAUAUUAGGAACACUUUCUUUCAUUGUCUACCUUUAUAUGUGGAUGAUCGUAUACAGUUACUUCUGCAUCAUCAAGGAGGAAACCGAUAGAGGACAGUACAUGAAGGAUCCUUUCAGAAGAAGAUACUGACUG